UUCACAGAGAGAGAGAGAGAGAGAGAGAGAGAGAGAGAUGUUGGUGCCUCCGGUGUGCUGCUAUCCCUAUUUUCCUCCUCCUCCUCUUCCUCAGCGCCGGACAGACACGGAGUAGCGCACCGCGCAUGCAGGACGGAUGAAUGGACUUUAAAUCUGCCUCCUAACUUUCAUUGCCACUCCUGCUCUCCCUCCCCCGCUCCUUCACGACCUGAACACCGCCAGAAGAUUUCUCUGACAAUGGAUUUACCGCAAUCACGAUCCCAUUGAGAAUGAUCACACCAUCAUCAUGUUCUUCUCCUUCUGAUUCUUCUCCUCGCUCUGCGGAUGCUCAUUGGUGCGGGGAGUCGCGAUGAUGGCAUCGAUAGGGGAAUUCGACCCGCUCAACACCAGAGUCCCUGCAACUAAAAUAGAAGUUAGUGUCUCGUGCCGGAGUCUGCUGGAUGUGGAUACAUUCUCCAAGUCAGAUCCAGUGGUCGUGUUGUAUUUGCAAGCCGUGGGAACCAAAGAAUGGAGAGGGUUUGGCAGGACAGAGGUAAUCGAUAACACUCGGAAUCCGGAUUUUGUCAGGAAGUUUGUCCUGGAUUUCUUCUUUGAAGAGAAACAAAAUCUACGGUUUGAUGUGUACAAUGUGGACUCCAGAAGCUGCAACAUAUCCAAACAUAAGCACUUUCUGGGCCAGACCUUCUGUACACUCGGAGAAAUCAUCGGCUCCACAGGAGGGCGGCUGGAGAAGACCCUAUCUGGCAUUCCAGGGAAGAAGUGUGGAGUCAUUAUCUUUGCUGCAGAGGAGCUCAGUAACUGCAGGGAUAUUGCUACCAUGCAGUUGUGUGCCAAUAAGCUUGACAAAAAAGACUUUUUUGGCAAGUCGGACCCCUUUCUGGUUUUCUAUCGGAGUAAUGAGGAUGGAACGUUCACCAUCUGUCACAAGACGGAGGUGAGAAAAAACACACUGAACCCAGUGUGGCAGCACUUCACCAUCCCAGUUAGAGCUCUCUGCAAUGGUGACUACGACAGGACUGUGAAGGUAGAUGUCUAUGACUGGGAUCGAGAUGGAAGCCAUGACUUCAUUGGCGAGUUCACCACCAGCUACAGAGAGCUGUCUCGAGGGCAGAACCAGUUCAAUGUCUACGAGGUUUUGAAUCCCAAGAAGAAAGGCAGAAAGAAGAAGUACGUCAAUUCUGGAACUGUUACUCUGCUGUCCUUCAAAGUGGAGUCCGAGUAUACAUUUGUGGAUUUCAUCCGCGGAGGAACACAGCUCAACUUCACAGUGGCUAUAGACUUCACAGCAUCCAAUGGUAAUCCCUCACAGCCCACUUCCCUCCACUACAUGAGUCCCUACCAGAUGAAUGCAUAUGCCAUGGCUCUGAAAGCGGUUGGUGAGAUUAUCCAGGACUACGACAGUGACAAGCUCUUUCCUGCCUAUGGUUUCGGAGCUAAACUGCCCCCCGAUGGCAAAAUCUCCCAUGGCUUCCCGCUGAGCGGUGACACUGACAAUCCAAACUGCGUGGGCAUAGAGGGGGUUCUGGAAGCUUAUUUCCGGAGCCUGAAGACAGUGCAGUUGUACGGACCCACAAACUUUGCCCCUGUUAUCAACAAAGUGGCAAACUAUGCAGCAGAGAUUACAGACGGCUCUCAGUAUUUUGUCCUACUGAUGAUCACAGAUGGAGUGAUAUCUGACAUGGUUCAGACCAAAGAGGCCGUGGUCAAUGCAGCAGGACUCCCCCUUUCCAUAAUUAUCGUAGGCGUUGGACCUGCUGAGUUUGAUGCUAUGGAGGAGCUGGAUGGAGAUGAAGUGAGGGUGUCCUCCAGGGGUCGUCUUGCUGAGAGAGACAUUGUGCAGUUUGUCCCGUUCCGAGACUACAUCGACAGAUCCGGCAACCAGGUCCUCAGCAUGGCCCGGCUGGCAAAGGACGUCCUCGCAGAGAUCCCCGACCAGCUACUGUCUUUCAUGAAGAGCAGGGGGGUCGAACCCCGACCAGCCCUCUCCUCCUCGCCGCUACCGGAGCUGCACCGACACAUCUGACUCCCUCCCCCAGCCCCUCAUAUCCCGUCUCUGCCUCCCCAACACAUCUCACUGUCUCCACUCACUCUUUAAAGCAGGAGCAGAGGGAUGGAGCCGGUGAGUGUCACAUCACGCAGAUACAGGGAGCAUUCAUCGGGACGGAUCUUUCCUUUCUAACCCACGCCAUUAUGUAAAUAGCAUUAGCGUCUAUCCCCUCCACCGGAAAUGUCUUUGCACAAAAAGUUUUCCCAUUUGUCCUCAGGUACACCCGUCUUAGUGUGAGACAAUAAAUGAAACUGAAGCCAGUCUCCAAAGGUUGGGCAAUAAACGCCAGUUUUAGGUAAUUGGGGAAGUAGUUUUGGCUAAGGUUUGGUUUGGGGUAUUUUGUCGCCAUAUGGACAGGUGUUUGUUUAUUCCCCGUCAGCGUUAUCGAGCUGUGCCAAAUGUCUUUAAAACUGAUGUUGAGGCUGACAAACAAUUAGUUCAGUCCGAGGAGGAUUUUUAAAUUGCGAUGUGUGCCUCCCCAGAGGGAGUUAAUAAUGGGCAACACGAUGCUUCUCAUCAGCCAAUGGCUCGACCGCCCUAGUGGCUUUGCGUGAAGGCACUUUGAACGCACCAUUGGCACAAUUUACAUCCAACUACGUGCUCCAAGCUCGGAGUCUGUCACUCACAUUAUGCAUAUACCUAUAUAUAUAUAUAUACCUAUA